CAUCCGCAGUGAGGACGCGUCGCCGGCGCCGUUCAGUGUCAAAGUCAGUUGUGCCUGAGCUUGUGCCAGAGACAGUCAGUUUGUUGCGCUGCGAGUCUGCCAUCCAGCUGGUUUCCGCUUCCGGUUCCGUGCGAGUUCUUUGGCUGAUAACCUGUGGUUGUGCACCUUUUUCUAACGACUUUUGUAAACAAAGAAGAACUUUUUUCAAGGAAUAACAUUAGCCCAGCGUAUUUUUCUAAACAUUUUUAAGCAAAAAAAGGUUUCGUCUCGUGAAAGUCAAAGUGCAAAUUGGCCCAGAAACAACAAGUAUAGUUCCAUAAACUAGUUUCCAACUCGGUACUGUGGGUGUGCCUGUGUGUGUGUUAGUUGGAUCGUGUCUGUGUGUGUGUGCAAUUGAUUAAACAAAAUAAGGGUAACCUAGGCCAACUGAAAGCGGAGAGACCCCACCAAAAUCCGCGGACUAAAUAUCCGAAUCCGAGUGAAUCCCAAUCCAGUGAGAUGGGCUGCAACACCAGCCAGGAGCUGAAGACCAAGGACGGCUCGGCCAUCGAUGCGGUCAGCAAUGGCGAAGCGGAGCCAAGUGCUCCUCCCCUGGACGGCGAGUCCUCCUCCAAGUCAUCAGCGAACAAUCACACAAAUCACGCCAAAUCCAGUUCAAUUAUCUCCAAUGGCGAUGCGAAGGCGGCCAACGGGGGCGGCGGCGUCGGCGGGGGGAGUGGCAAGUCGGAAGCAACAAAUGGCAUUGACCGGCCCUGCGACAAAGCGGCAAUCACGGAGCUCAACGACGACGACGAGGACGAAGCAAAAGCCGCAACAAAAAUCCAAGCCGUCUUUCGAGGCCACAAAGUGAGAGAAACCAUGAAAAAAUCGGAAACCAAAACUGCGACCAACAACGGCAGUGCCGCCGGAGCCGCUCCAUCGGCAGCAGCAGCAGCCGCAGCCGAGGCAGCCGCAUCCGCAGAGCCAACCAAAGCCGAACUAGAGGCUGAAUUCGAUCCCAACGACAAGGAUCUCUGCCAUGCUGCAUUGAAGAUUCAGUCCACUUUCCGUGGUCACUUGGCACGCAAACUGGUCAACAAGGAUGCGCCAGAGGACGAGGACAUCCAGGAGAUAACCAAGAAGGUGGCCGAGGAGUUGGACAUAGAUUUAACCGAUCCCGAGCUUAACAAGGCUGCCACCAAAAUCCAGGCCUCGUUCCGCGGCCACAAGACCCGCAAGGACACCAACGCCGAGUAAGGAGUCCACAGCUGCACAUGUGGAAUUUUGUUGGUCCUGGCUGGUCGAGGCACAGAUGAAACUUCAACUAAUGCAUAUGCAAGUGAAUAAAAAAUUUGGUAAAUUGUAAAUGUGUAAGAGGCCAACCAAGAUGAGGAUGGGCACACAAUUGUAAACUUUUUAGUGAAUAUGUUUUAGCCCGAACGGCAAAAAACCCCAAAUGAUUCUCAUAAUAAUUAUAUAAACUAAGUCGAAAGCAAGGUUACGUAUUAUUUGCAAAGCUUUAAUAAAUUAACAAAGAAGAAAUCACAUUGUGCGAGAAAUGAUUCGGAAUAAGAAAAUAUUUACGGAAACAUAUUUGCGGCUUGUCAUAUUUUGAUUACUAACAUUUAGAAUCGUAAAUUUGCGUUAGUUAAUGUUUAAUUAAAUCUAAUUUGGUUUUUGGAAAACUCAAUUAAUCCCAAGACAGUAACUAAAACCAAACUAAAGUAAACUAAAGUUAAAUUUUCAAAGAAAAACCUAAUGUUACAAGAAAAGUAAAUAAAUAAAAGGCACGAUGUUCCAUAAAGUUUAUUGUAGGAAAAUGCGAAACCAAACAAAACAAGACAAAUGCAAGGAAAAUGCUGAACAAAUUUUUGGGAAAUCAUUUCCAUUUUGUCUGGCCAAUGCCAAAAGUAAAAAAUUAAUUGUACCUACAUGCAUACACAUGACAUGAAGUAAAAACCAAAGAAACUCAAUGUUGUUUCAAAUUAAGGCAAAUUAGGGGUACCCAAGCAACAUGAUGCAGCUUCGAGACGUCAACUCAACAAUUUUUCAGCCCCCGGGCUCUAUAUAAACUGAUAAAUCAAUGAACAUGAAGAUAACUAAUCUGGUGGCACAAUUUUCGUUUUUCUACCAAGUGUAUUACAUAUUUGUCUACUUAACAAUUGAUCCUCGAGAGGGAAACUGAAAUACACAUAUAUAUAUAUAUAUACCUAUACAAAGGCAAAGAAAUGUAUUAGAGCGAGUUGAAUUGGAAAAUAUUUUUUUUCGGCCACGGCUGAGAAAAUUGUUACCAUGUGGGCAACCAAAGCCACUAAAGAAAUAUUUAAAAUUCAAAUCAAUUAACUACAAAGAAGUAAUAACAAGCUAAUGAAAAUAAUUGAAAUUAUAUUAGAGAUCAAAGUCAAAUUCAAAUAAAUUGCAUAAAUUAUUACAUUUAAAAAGCAGAUGGGUAAAACCAGUUAUAUGUGGACAAAUGACAAGAAAAAACAAAAUAUGAAAGCAAACCAUAUACAAGCCGAUGAAACCAAAACAAAGAAUGUCCCAACUAAAUUUUAAUUGAGUAAUAAAAAUAAAUACAA